UAUUCAAAUGAAGUAUCAGACAACUCUUGGUUCUGAUUGGAUGAAGUUCUGCAUUAGGUCAUCACAGGGCAACGUAUAUGCAAAUUAGGAGAUGCCAUGUUCCUAUUCUGACUGGUUCCUGAUAUCAUCCAAUCAGAAGGUGCCGUGUAGCCUACCACAGGAUCAUAUAUAAGGCCUUGCUGGGGCCACUAAAUUCGUGGUCGCCGGUCCUGUUUUCUAGCUUUGUGGUUCCUUUGCUUCUGGUUUGAAGAUGUCCGGUCGCGGCAAGCAGGGCGGUAAGGCGCGCGCAAAGGCCAAGUCGCGGUCGUCUCGCGCUGGCCUGCAGUUUCCGGUGGGCCGUGUGCACCGGCUGCUGCGCAAGGGCAACUACUCGGAGCGCGUGGGCGCCGGCGCGCCCGUCUACCUGGCUGCAGUGCUCGAGUACCUGACGGCCGAGAUCCUGGAGCUGGCGGGCAACGCGGCCCGCGACAACAAGAAGACGCGCAUCAUCCCGCGCCACCUGCAGCUGGCCAUCCGCAACGACGAGGAGCUCAACAAGCUGCUGGGCCGCGUGACGAUCGCGCAGGGCGGCGUGCUGCCCAACAUCCAGGCCGUGCUGCUGCCCAAGAAGACCGAGAGCCACCACAAGGCCAAGGGCAAGUGAGGUCCUGCAGCCCCUCAGGCCCUGACGGACACCAAAGGCUCUUUUCAGAGCCACCCAAUUUUUCGAGAAAAGAGCCGCACACUGAUCAUGUCCAGUUGUUGGCCAAGGGCCGGGUACCUCCAUAAUGUCUGCGGUGGGGACCGGGUGGGCUUUUUGGUUUGAGGCUGGGGGUAGUUCCUGAAGCUGUGGUCAUUUACAUCCACUUUCUCGUGGUUUGUCCCCACCCUCUUUUAAUGAUACUUAAAUUAAACUUGAACUUAAAAGGUU